AGAUCAAGACUUGAAGGGGAGGGGGUGCGGCCCCCUCUUUGGUCGGCUAGGACUGGCCACAGGCAUCCUGAGCUCGGUUUCCCCCUAUUAAAUGAGUUGGACCCCAAACAGUUUUCCAUUUGAGGAUCAGUGAGGUGGGAGACCUGGAAGCCCAUGUAAGAAACAAAUUCCAUUUAGGUCUCUGGUCCCUUGCAUUUGGGGAGUGGCUUGUGGCCUUUGAAUCACACAGUGACCUUUCUACAGAGUAAGAGACAGGACUGGGGUUCAGGUCAGUGCUCCAGGGGUUGUGCUGCUGGGAGGUGGGGUUACGUUAUGAACCAGGAAGUGAUGGUCCUGAUGCUCCUGCGGUGAGUAAGUGUGUGGGAUACAAAGAGAAAGCUCCAGGCGGGGUAUAGUGCAGUAGUUGAGCGCUGGCUUAGCUGUGGCCCUGGGUUCAUCCCCACAAAUAAGGAAAAAGGGAGGAGGAAAAAGAGUGAAUGGCCUGGUCCUCCCAUUGCAGUACCCUAGGACCUGUGUAUGUAUAAUUCCAACUGGAGGGGUUUGGUUGUUUUGUUUUGUGCUGGAGGUUAAACCCAGGGCCACAUGGAAUCUUCCAGCACGUUUUCCCUUCUUUUCUGUGUGUGUUUUUUUUCUUUUCUUUUUUGUUAUAAGAAGGGGGACUGACCUCUUAAUUCCUGGGUUCAAGUGAUCCUCCUUCCUCAGCCUCCCGAGUAGCUGGGACUGCAGGUGUGCCCCUCCCACCUUCCACUGUGAGGUUUUUAAAUCCUGAUGCAGAAGACACAAAACUUGGUCCAGAGCUCCAUUUCAGUGUAUGAGAAAGAGCAGUGACCUGCAUGGAGUUUGUGAUUUCCCAUUGUUAACCUCAUGCAGAGUGGACCUUUUGCCUGUUAUGGGGACUUGUUCCUAGGUUUCCAGAAAGGGAAAUGGGGUGGGUGCAAGGAAGGCCGGCAGAACGCAGCAGGGACAGAGGACAAUGUGACAUCCCACAGCCCUGACCAUUGCACUCGGGUCCCUGCAAGGUAUGCCUCUUGUUGUUGGCAGAGAUUUCUCCAUGGGGAGCCCCUUUCCCUGCUCCCCACUCGCCCCGGAAGUGCAGAGGCCCAGGAGCUGCCUGCCGGCAGCAAUCAGCAGUUCAGGGAAGGGCUUGCUCACCUGCUCCUCCCCUCUGACUCAAGUCAUAACAAGUAACCUGGUUCCCCUGGCCCAGCAGCCUGGGAGGGACCAGAGGGACGGCCAGAGGGGCAGCCAGCAGCUUGCGGGAGCGGGAACAGGAGCAGGAGCCCGGCCAGAGUGAGAGCACAGGUGGCAGGCCAGUGGUCCCAGAGGCCUAGAGGCGACAUGCAAGGCCCCUAGCCUUCUUGACCUGGAGCAGGGGCUUGGAGGGUCUUUCUAGGACUCCCGGACUAACACCCUGAAGCAGCUGGGAAGACUCCAGGCUACCUACGUAUCCUGGCCCAGCCUGGGACCCGUGCCAUCCCUCCCUACUCUGCACCCCCUCCUGCCAGAAGUCCACCAUGGAGAGUAAGGAUGAGGUCAGCGACACCGACAGCGGCAUCAUCCUGCAGUCUGGCCCUGACAGCCCGGUCUCCCCGAUGAAGGAGCUGACCCACGCAGUACACAAGCAGCAGCGGGCCUUGGAGGCGCGGCUGGAGGCCUGCCUAGAGGAGCUCCGGAGACUCUGCCUUCGGGAGGCGGAGCUGACAGGCACCUUGCCAGAAGAAUAUCCUCUCAAACCAGGAGAAAAGCCCCCCAGGGUCCGCCGCAGGAUUGGAGCAGCUUACAAGCUGGAUGAGUGGGCCUUGCACAGAGAGGACCCCUUGAGCAGCCUGGAGCGCCAGCUGGCCCUGCAGCUACAGAUCACUGAGGCUGCGCGGCGGCUGUGCGCGGAGGAGAACCUCAGCAAGCAGAUGCGCCGGCAGCGGAAGCACGCGGCUCUGCAGGAGGAGAAGAAGCUGCGGGAGCUGCAGCGCAGCCUGGGUGAACGGCGGCGCAACAGUGAGCCCCCUCCUGCCACCACUGUCCAGGGACUGGGCCAAGAGCUCAGUGCCUCAGAUGACAGCUCCCUGUCUGAUGGGUUACUUCUGGAGGAAGAGGACUCUCAGACACCAAAACCUCCUCCAGAGUCCCCAGCCCCACCUUCUAGGGCUGUCCCACCUCAGAGCCUGGAGGGAUUGCAACCAGCAGGACCUGAGCCGGGAGCCCUGGAGCGUGCCCCCAUCCAGAACAGCCCGUGGAAGGAGACCAGCCUUGACCACCCCUAUGAGAAGGCCAGGAAGUCCUCCGAGCCCAGCAGCGAGUCCAGCAGUCUGGCCACCACACCCCAGGACGGGCCCAGUGCCUCCAGCCUGUGGCCACUGGAGCUGGCCUCGUACCACCUGGGGCCCAUCCCCAGUGUUCCUGGACAGCGACAGGGACGCAUCAGUGCUCCAGCGACCCCUGAGAUGCCGGGGAGGCGGGGCCAGUCACAGUCUCUGAGGGUGGACUCCUUCCGCGCAGGCGCCGAGGGCAGAGGACGCAGCGCCUUUCCCCGCCGCCGCCCCACUCACUACACCGUCACGGUGCCAGACUCCUGCUUCCCGGCGAGCAAGCCCCCACUGCCUCAUCCUCACCCUGCCUGCCACUCCUGCUCCGAAGACAGCGGCUCCGAUGUCUCCAGCAUCUCCCACCCCACCUCGCCGGGCAGCAGCAGCCCUGACAUCUCCUUCUUACGGCCUCUCUGUUCCCCCGAGCCACCUCGCCACCACGGGUCCUGGGCCACGGCCUGUGGCCGAGAGCUGGUCCCCCACUACCCCAAGCUGCUGCUGCCCCCCGGGUACUUCCCGGCUGGGCGGUUCGUGAUGGUGUCUGAGAGCCACCUGCCGCCGCGCGAGUGGGAGCUGUGCCACGCCGGCCUGGGCCCUGCGUACGCCGAGGAGGGCGCGCCCCUGCGCUACCAGCGGCUGGUGCCUGCGCACAGCCGCAUAGUGCGGACGCCGUCGCUGAAGGACAGUCCCACGGGCCGCGCGCUCAGCAAAGCUGCCGUCUCGGAGGAGCUGCGCUCGUGGCACGAACGCGCACGCCUUCGGAGCGGCCGCCCACACUCGCUGGACCGCCAAGGAGCUUUCCGGAUGCGGAGCCUGCCCCCCGGAAGAGAGGGCUUUGGACGAGUCCUGGGACCCCGUGGGCAGAUGCCUACUGUGUGUGUGCUUCGGAGAGCGCCCGAUGGGGCCCCUGUGCAAGUCUUUGUUCCUGAGAAUGGAGAGAUCAUCAGCCAGGUGUAACUCCGUGUUCUACGUGCCUUGGCCACUGCUGGAAGACUGUUUCACGGUGGGGCCAGGGCUGGCCCCUCACCCUUCCAGUGCGUGUCUCGGCUCCCCCAACUCCAUCGCAGGCCGAUGAUCUGGAGCUGAGACGUUCCUUAUUUUUUGGACUUUUUUAUACAAUUUUUUUCAGAUGUUCUGACUGAGAAUUUGUAUCUGUGAUUUGUCCACAAGCUCCCUAUAAUAUGAUUGCAUCGUAUCUCCAGAGUCUGGACUCAAGGCCUUGCCUAUCCAAUUACACAUCUGUCUUCUUAAGCAAGACAAGUGGCAGCGAGGGCCACCUCAGGAUUCCUCACACCCUCUGUGCUCCGUGUCUGAGAAAGAAUAGGCCUGGCACUGCGGAGCCUGGACAUGGCCCACACUCAUGCAUGGGUUUCUCCCCGAUUUCCCGGGUCUCUGGGUUCCACAGGCCUAGGGAAAUGCUCCUUCUCCCUUUGUAAUGUGCUCUGUGAUGCACACAGGUGGCAGUUAAAGGUCAGCAUAUCCUGGUGGAGUCAUGUCUUCCUGUACCCCACUAUUUUCCUGAUCCCAUAAAUCCCUUUAGGCGUCUCAAUCACUGCCCCCUCUUUAUGCCUUUGGGCUCCCAAGCCAGUGGCACACCAAAUCAUAGUUUCAAGGUCCUGGACUGGGUCUGGUCUGUGCUGUUGGUUGGUGGGAAGCAGCUCACCAUUGGACCAACUUGCCAAGCAUCACAGGGCCAGGUGGUCUGCUCUCUGGCAUCUUUUCAUCAUGGCCCUAAAAAACAACACUUUACAAAUACUUUUGGAAAGACAUCACUGAUGGCAGCUGGGAAGCGGACGAUGAAGAGCAUUGCUGCUCCCGCAUGUCUGCUCUGAGCAUCCUUAUUUGUACACACCCAGGAAAUGCUUCCUCCUGAGUCCUGAUGAGAAGCUGGGCUGACUUAACGAUUUGUCCCAGCUUCUGAGAUGACAACUCCAGAAGUUCUAAGGCCACUUUAAUUCCUGGAUCCUAGGCCUCCCCUUACUGCCCAGUCAGAUGCCCAGUUUCUUGCCUGGAAGAAGAAGCAACAGAUGGUAUAGGGAAUGCCCACUCCAGUUUUGCCAGUGCAGAACUCUAUCCUGUAAGUUCCCUGGAGUAGGACAUAAAUAACAGAUGUAGUGACAGGCUCUAAGAAUGACACUGCCAGGGCUGGGGAUUUAGCUCAGCGGCAUAAGCGCCUGCCUUGCAAGCAGGCAGUCAUGAGUUCGAUCCCUGGUACUGAUAAAAACAAAAAAGACAAAAAAAAAAGAAUGACACUGCCCCUGGGGACACAGUGGCAUAGCUGAUUGCAGAGGGGGCUGAAGGAAGAACCAGGGUAGUGUACAGGAGUCAGGGAGGAGAGUGGAGCCUGAGGGACGGCACUGGCAUUUCACUGCCCUUGCCACAUCUAACAGUGGUCUCCACCUUGGGCCCUGUCUUCUCCAUUAUGUUUGCGUGGCCUACUAUCGUUUGCCAUUAGGUCCCUCACCCUCCCUUUCGUUCAGCUGCCCACUUCCCUCGUGUCUUCUGUGGAGCCCAAGCUCCUGGGCCUGAAUGUACUUAAUUUUAACUUAUUCGUCCUACAGUUGCUAAGUGGCCCUGUCUUCAGCUGUGGGGCUGGCACAUGGGUCUUCGUGCCAAAUACUUAAAUAAAAUGUUUUCUUUGUGAUUGGUCCA